AUGCUUAGGUCACCCGAGAGAGGCCUACGGGGCAUUACGAGAGAAAAAGCUCCUAGGCCGUGGGUCAAGACCAGAGAGCUACAGAGACCCCCAAGCAUCCCUGAGUUACAGCAGCUGGCGGAGGCAACGCAAAUCGGGGAACCGGCAAGUUCUUCCGCAGAAGUCAGGCAGCUAGUAGACCACCUCAGUGAGCAAGCCAGGGAGGUGGCCAGUGAAGCUUCAAUGGAAAGAACACCCAGAGCUCUUGCAAUGUGGAUGGCUGGGCUAACGCUAGCAUUCGCUAUCUCCAUAGCGCUUGCUCAAAAGGUCCGGGGUUAUACUGGGCUGCCCUUGGGCAUAUGGCAUUUGGCUACUCUGCCCAUUAGCCCUUCAUACUCAACAGAUGCAGGCUCUCUCUCAGAUUGGGUGAAGGAGAUGGGGAAGUGUCUUGAUGAAGAGCAGCUGGAACUGAUGCUAGUAGUUGCAUGGGCUUUAUGGAGUGAUAUAAAUUUGCUGCUGUUCCAGGACAUACAGAACUAUCCUGUGGAUGUGGUGAACAAAGCAAUCAGCUUCUUCUAA